GUUUGGAGCAUUCCAAGCCGAUUUAAUAGCUGGUCUAACUGUUGGACUGACCGUCAUCCCACAGGGCCUGGCAUAUGCCCAGGUUGCCAACCUGCCACCCCAGUAUGGACUGUACUCAGCAUUCAUGGGCUGUUUUGUGUACGUUUUUCUUGGAACUUCCAAAGACAUCACCCUGGGCCCUACAGCAAUCAUGUCCUUGAUGACAGCCACCUUUGGGACAGACCUGGCUCCCACCCUGCCAUCCGGAGAGAAAGACCCCACCAUGGCUAUCGUUCUAACGCUGAUUUCUGGUGUCAUUGAACUGGCUAUGGGGAUCCUGAAGCUGGGCAUACUGGUUAACUUCAUCUCCUUCCCUGUGAUCAGUGCCUUCACGUCGGCUGCUGCAAUCACCAUCGCUUUAGGACAAGUCAAGAACAUUCUGGGACUGAAGAACAUUCCCAAUGAAUUCCUAGACAUGGUCUAUGAAACAUGUGCCAAAAUACCACAGACCAAGGUGUGGGACCUCACCAUGGGGCUAGUAUCACUUGUUAUUGUCAUCCUGAUGAGGUACUUGCGAACUAUCAAGUGGAAGGACAACCCAGAUGUCCCACCAUCUGUUCCCAAAAUCAUCUUCCGCAAAUGCUUAUGGCUGAUUGGAAUAGGCGGAAAAUGCUAA